UGAGAAGGUGGAGAAUCCUGGGAAAAAGUGGACCCUGAAGUUGCUGGACCCACAGACUAUCUUGAGCAUUGUGUCCAGAGAUCUGAAUGUCAUCUCAACCUUCAGCAUCAGCAAUAGUUGUUCUGACAAUGGACCAUUCUAUCGAGAUGAUGGAAAGGAGAGCUUGGUGUUUUCGGGACUCUGCCCUUUCACAGGAAGAGGAUACAGCCAGGUUUUUUGUGCUGGAUUGAAACCAGGACUUCAUGCAUGGGAAACAGUAACAUUUAAAGAUGUGGCUGUGGACCUUACUCAGGAAGAAUGGCAGCAAAUGAAACCUGCUCAAAGGAUCUUGUACCGUGAUGUGAUGCUGGAGAACUAUAGCAACCUAGUCACAGUGGGCUGUGAAGUUACCAAACCAGAUGUAAUCUUCAAGUUGGAACAGGAGGAGGAGCCAUGGGUGAUGGAGGAAGAAAUGUUCUGGAGGCACUUUCCAGAAGUUUGGGAAGUUGAUGAACAUAUCAAGAAGCAACAGAAAACACUUGUGAGGAAAGGCACAUCCGUCUCCAAGAAAACUCUGAUUAAGGAAAAAGUCAAUGAAUGUAAAAAAGUUGCAAAACUAUUUCCUCUGAGCUCAGAUAUUAUUACCUCAAGACAAAGCUUCUAUGAAUAUGACUCACUUAAUAAGGAUCUGGAACAAAAUUUAGAUUUAUUUAGUUAUGAGAAAGGUUGUGUAACAGAAGAAAACUUUGAAUGCAAUGAGUUUGGGAAACCCUUUUACCAUUGUUCAUCCUAUGUCAUAACUCCUUUUAAAUGCAAUCAUUGUGGACAAGACUUCAUUCACAAAUUCGAUCUCAUUAGACAUGAGAAAACUCAUGCUGGAGAAAAACUUUAUGAAUGUAAAGAAUGUGGAAAAGCCUUCAGUAGGAAGGAAAAUCUUAUUACACAUCAGAAAAUUCAUACUGGAGAAAAACCUUAUAAGUGUAAUGAAUGUGGAAAAGCUUUCAUUCAAAUGUCAAACCUCAUUAGACACCAAAGAAUUCAUACUGGGGAGAAACCUUAUGCAUGCAAGGAUUGUUGGAAAGCUUUCAGUCAGAAAUCAAAUCUCAUUGAACAUGAGAGGAUUCAUACUGGAGAAAAACCCUAUGAAUGUAAGGAAUGUGGAAAAUCCUUCAGCCAGAAGCAAAAUCUUAUUGAACAUGAGAAGAUUCAUACAGGGGAGAAACCUUAUGCAUGUAAUGAAUGUGGUAGAGCUUUUUCUCGAAUGUCAUCUGUUACUCUGCAUAUGAGAAGUCACACAGGGGAGAAACCCUAUAAAUGUAAUAAAUGUGGAAAAGCUUUCUCUCAGUGCUCAGUAUUUAUUAUACACAUGAGAAGUCAUACGGGUGAGAAGCCUUAUGUAUGUAGUGAGUGUGGGAAAGCCUUCUCUCAGAGUUCAUCUCUUACUGUACAUAUGAGAAAUCAUACAGCUGAGAAACCCUAUGAAUGUAAUGAAUGUGGAAAAGCUUUCAGCCGGAAAGAAAAUCUUAUUACACACCAGAAAAUUCAUACUGGAGAAAAACCUUAUGAAUGCCAUGACUGUGGGAAAGCUUUUAUUCAGAUGUCAAACCUCAUCAGACACCAGCGGAUUCAUACUGGUGAGAAACCCUAUACCUGUACAGUAUGUGGAAAAGCCUUUAGCCAGAAAUCAAAUCUUACUGAACAUGAGAAAAUUCAUACUGGAGAAAAACCGUAUCAUUGUAAUCAGUGUGGAAAAGCAUUCAGUCAGAGACAGAAUCUUCUUGAACAUGAAAAAAUCCAUACUGGAGAGAAACCAUUUAAAUGUAAUGAAUGUAGUAAAGCCUUCUCUAGAAUCUCAUCCCUUACUUUGCAUGUAAGAAGUCAUACAGGGGAGAAACCCUAUGAAUGUAAUAAGUGUGGCAAAGCUUUCUCUCAAUGCUCAUUACUUAUUAUACAUAUGAGAAGUCAUACUGGUGAGAAACCUUUUGAAUGUAAUGAGUGUGGAAAAGCAUUUUCUCAAAGGGCAUCUCUUUCUAUACAUAAGAGAGGUCAUACAGGUGAAAAACACCGAGUGUACUAAAUGAAGGCAGGCCUCUUGUAUAUUCAACCUAUGAUUUACUUAAAACAUCUUAAUGUAAGCUCAGAAGAAAAAAAAAACAUUGAACAAGAUUGUUUUGGAGAAACAGGAAAACUUUGUUGGGCAUGUGUAUGUAUGACUUGAGUAGAUAAACCAUAUAUAUUAGUGAUAAGCCAAUAUCAUAAAAUUGUCAGUUCUCAAAAAAA